AUGGCAACUGAUGUAAAACCUGACUGGUACCAAACAGAUGUCCAAAGCAUCAAUCCCGAAGCCCAGCAACUACUAGAAAGCUACAGCGGCCUUGCACCGGAUGACGUCCUCCCACAUGUCUUAUCUUUGGUAGACCUGACUCCCUAUUCUAGCAGGUCAUUUACUAAUUCAUCCCAGCGCGACGAGGCUUUCGGUAUUUACCAAUAUGCCUGCAUCGGUCAAAUGCGGUUCCUCUCCUUCAAUCUUUCACACAUGCCAUUUUACCCCCGUGUGCUAGAGAAGCUCCGCAGUGACCCAGAAGCCGGCUUUCUAGACGCCGGCUGCUGUUUCGGGCAAGAGCUUCGCUUCUUAGUAAACCAAGGAAUUCCAGCAACUCGGCUCUUUGGAUGUGAUCUCGAACAGGUCUUCAUUGACCUCGGAUACCAACUAUUCCGAGACAAGGAUCGGCUGCGGGCAACCUUCGCUGUCGGGGACUUAGAUGCUGAAAAUAGUGAUUUUGAAACUGGCCAGCUUACCCAGAAGUUAUCUGGUAAACUUGAUGUUGUAUUCGCCAGCUCACUGUUUCAUAUGUGGGAUUAUGAUACCCAAUUUCGCGUUGCAGCAAGACUGGUCAAGCUGUGUCGUGACAAGCCGGGUGUCAUGAUUACCGGACGUCAGAUGGGCAGUUUAGUGGGUGGUCACUACGAGAUGAAGGGAAUGAAAGAUGGAGCUUUCCAUUACCGUCACGAUAUUGAGACCAUGGAGAGAUUUUGGAGUGAGAUCGGGGAAGCAACUCAAACUACUUGGAAAGUGGAGGCGGAUCUUUACAGCAGCGAAGAAAUUGAGAAGACGAAGAAUAUGCCUUGGUCGGAUGAUAACUAUCGGAUGAUUUGUUGGUGUGCAACUCGUCAGUGA